AUGCCCAUUCCUACUCAAAAUCCCCUUCCUCCUUUUACACUUUCUCCUCCCCUUACACCUUCUCCAGAUGUUGAUGUUGAUUUGGGUAAUAGUAAUAUCGAUAAUCAAACCACUCAGAUAAUUACAUCAUCGCGUCCAACAUCUCUUUUGGCUGGUAUUAAAUUUCGAAGUCAACCAACCACUACUAUUCCACAAUCUACUCCUGCUUUGAGUAGUAAUUAUCAAACAACCCAACCAACUACUACUACUAUUAUUCCACAAUCUAUUCCAGCUGAAAGUAUUCCUAGUCCAAUUGUUGAAGAGGAUCCAUUUGAAUUUGAACACCCAAUUCACAACGACGUCGAUAUACAAGAACAGAAUGAACAACAGCCACAAUACAACGAUUUUUUUGGUAUGGAUGAAAGUGCGCAAGACAGUGACGCCGAUCAAUUUUAUAUGGAUAAUGAUCAACAUGAUUACAUUCCUUUGCAUUCACCAUCAAUUAGUAGUAAUAAUAAUAAUAAUAAUAGUAUAUCACCAAAAAAAACAAUUUCAUUGUCUGUAAAACCAUCAAUUAAUAAUAAUAAUAAUAAUAAUAAUAAUAAUAAUAAUAAUAAUAAUAAUAAUAAUAAUAAUAAUAAUAAUAAUAAUAAUAAUAAUAAUGAUAAUGAUAAAUCACCAAUUAAACAACCAAAUGCUAAAACCCAAACACUUUCACUCAAUAUAUCAAAACCAAAGAAUCCAAUCUACAACACCACUUCUACUACUACUACUACAACGACGACUGAAGAUGAUGUAGAUUUUGAUUUUGGGAAUCCAAAUGAGGAAGAACAACAGGAAGAACAACAAAUUCAACAUAUAGAUAAUAUUGUUAAAAAAACAACUACGGUUGUUGGUAAACCAUCAUCAUCAAAUUCAACAUUUAAAAAUACUUUUACAGCUCCAACCAAAUCUGCUGCUUCCAACAAUAAUAAUAAUAAUACAACGUUAUCACUAACUGGAAAGAGAAAAGAAAUUAAUUAUGGAAAUCAACAAAAUAACAAUAACAAUAAUAAUAAUAAUACUAACAAGACAGCCAAAGUAGGAGGAUUCCAAUCACCAUCCAAUUCAGCACAAAAGGUUCAAUGGGUUUAUGAUAUAAUUAAAUUCCCCGAUGCAAAGACAACCGAACUUUUAAUGUUGAAUGCCAAAGCAAAUGGAAAAGGAACCAUUGAAAGACAAUGCACUGUUUUCAACUACUUUAACAAUUUUGAAGAAUAUAUGAACAACUAUGUCGAUGCAAUCACUGAAGAAAUUAAUAUUUAUUUAUUCGAAUUGGCUCAUAAAUUAUUUAAAUCUUGUGUUAUUUUAAAUUCAAAUGAAAAACCUCCACCUUGUCUAUGUCAACCAAAAGGACAAGUCACUUCAGUUAGAAGAUCAAUUAAAAAAGAAGGAAAGAAUCAAGGAAAAGAUUUUUAUACUUGUGAUUCAAGAGGAAAGAAAUGUAAUUAUUUUAAACUUAUUGAUGAAAAAGAAUCUCCUUCACCUUUAUUGGAUAGUCAUUCAUUAUCAAUACCAAAUGAAAAAUUAACAAAGGAAAAUGAAAAAUACUUUCAAUCAAAAGGAGUUAAUAUAUGUUUUAAUGUAGAAUUUAUAGUUAAAGAUCUUCCACAACAACAACCAAAAUUUGGUCAAGGAGGAGGAGGAGAUAUGAUGACAAGUGGUGGACCACCAAAACAACCAGAAUAUGUAUAUUUUAUUAAACUUGCCGAUAAGAGAAACUUCAAAUAUGCAAAAGAUGAUUUAUGGGUACUAUCAUUGACUAGUAAUUUUAGUACAAACACUUUUAUCGUUAAAAGUGUAUUUCACUCACUAUCCAAUCAAAACAUGCUACAGGUAGUACCACUCUACGAACACUUGUUACCAAGACUUGGUAGAAAAACAACUCUAUUUGCAAUACUUGGUCCAAAUAUUUCAACUGAAAUGUCAAUGAUUGAGAAUUUAAAAUCUGAAAACUUUUUAUCAUUACCAAUUCAUGAAUUUAUAAUGAAUGGAGAAGAGAAACCAAUGUCUGAAGAUUCAUCGACUCAACGAUCAUCAAUCACAAGUACUCAAGCAGGUGUUUUCAUGGUUCAACUUUGCAGAUACUGA